GAUGAGGCUUACCCAAAAAGGAGUACAAACUUCCAACUCCAACCUCUUUGUUGUUUUGCUUGACUGAGAAAUCUUAGUUUUUGGGAUGUUGAAGAUGGCUCUGAUUCCUCUGUUUGUUCUCUUCUUUCUCAUCACUCAUUCUGUGCUUCCAAGCUCCGCUCAAGAAGAAGUUGAGUUCCCUUUUAGCAAUAUGAUGAACACUGAAUGUGGGGUGCUCAAAGUGAAAUGUUCAGAAGAUGGACGGAGGAUCCAAUUGAAACCAGAAGGGCACUGGUAUAGAAUUGAGAACAUCUCUUGGCCACAUUCUAUAGUUUCUAUUGUCGUCAAGGACAAAGCAGAGCCCGAGGAUUUACUCGAUCAUUGUAAAUUGAUGAAUGAAUACUCCCUUCCCAGCCCUACUGAUGAUUCAUCGCUCUUCUCUUCCGAUAAAUUUACAGCUGAGAACUCAUCAACGCUUUACAAAUGCAGCCACAAGCACAGACACAAGCUUGGCGCUACCAGGAAAGAUCUUUACCCAACUGAGUGCGGAGACUAUGAUUUCUACUGCAUUCUUCCAAACAUGAGUUUCCCAUACUACAAACCACAAUGUCAAAAUAUCACGCUUCCAUUUUCUCUUCCACCUCUAUUUCAUCAUGAUCAUCCACUUCUUAUUAAUGUCACUUUUCGAUUGAAUAUAAGUCUCGAAUGCCACAAUAUUCUCCCAAAUCAAUUUCAGUGUGCUUCACCCUCGCCAAAAGUUGUUUCAGGACUAAGCAAGCAACAAAAGUUGGGACUAGCGGUUGCUUUUGGUCAAAUUGGGAUACUUGUGAUUAUGUUGAUCUACUGCUUUAGGAAGAAACAUAAUCAUGAUCAUCAAAGUAUUGAGGCAUUCCUAAAGAACUGUGGUCCCCUUCAAAUUAGAAGAUACAGUUAUUCGAAUAUUAAGAAAAUGACAAACUCAUUCAAAGAAAAACUAGGCCAAGGAGGCUUUGGUAGUGUUUACAAAGGAAAAUUACAUGAUGGACAUUUUGUUGCUGUGAAGAUGUUAAAUGAAUUGAAAGCCAAUGAUGGAGAAGACUUCAUUAACGAGGUCGCAGCAAUCAGCAGAACUUCCCAUGUCAACGUUGUCAGAUUGUUAGGAUUUUGUUUUGAGGGUGCUAAAAAGGCUCUCAUCUAUGAGUUCAUGCCAAAUGGUUCUCUUGAAAAAUUUGUGUACGAUGAAGAUGAAACUAAAGAAAGUUAUCAAUUGGAUUGGGAAACAUACUAUCAAAUUUCACUUGGCACUGCGAGAGGACUAGAGUAUUUGCAUCGAGGUUGUAACAGACGGAUUUUACAUUUUGACAUUAAACCUCAUAACAUCCUUCUUGAUGCAGACUUUGUUCCCAAAAUAUCAGAUUUUGGCCUAGCCAAAAUCUGCACAAGGAAAGAUAGUCUAGUUUCAAUGUUGGGCCCAAGAGGUACUAUUGGGUAUAUUGCUCCAGAAGUUUUCUCUAGAUACUUUGGAGGGGUUUCCCACAAGUCUGAUGUCUAUAGUUAUGGAAUGAUGGUUCUAGAAAUGGUGGGAGGAAGAAAAAAUAUCAAUAAUAGAGUUGAUAACAUCAGUGAAUUAUAUUUUCUGCAAUGGAUCUACGAGCGCCUUGAGCUUAAAGAACUAGGACUCAAGAGAAUUAUAAGUGAAGAAGACAAUGUAAAAUCGAGGAAGAUGAUUAUGACAAGCUUGUGGUGCAUACAGACUAAUCCCUCAAGCCGACCAACAAUGAGUAGAGUCAUAGAAAUGUUGGAAGGUAGCCCUGACUCCUUGAAAGUACCACCUAAGCCUUUCUUGUCCUCCCCACCAAGAUCAUCACCAUCUCAUUCUUCUAACACACUUGUAUCUCUACAAGUAUAGCAUUAUGUCAAACAUAUUUUGGAUAGUAUACAAAAACUGUAUGAAUGGAAGAACUUAUUUAAAGAGCAAGCUGUCUAGUACAGUUUUUCAGGAAAAUUUCAAUUUUUUCUCCAAAUGUUUU